AUGCCUGAAGCCAUGCACGAGUCCUUGACCGGCGGUGCGAGAGACUACGACGCUCCCGGCGGCGGCAACACUGUGAAUUCUUCUUCUUUGGGGGAAGCAAGUACAGAACCUUCAGAAACUUCAAAUGCAAGCGAUGACACUACCACCACACGCGCGAGCCAGGCCAAGCGGGACUGGAGGUCUUGGGCUCCCCUGGUCUCCAUCAACCUCGCUGAGUCGCUCACGGCUCUGGAAGGAACCAUGACGUCGACGGCGCUUCCCUCAAUCGUCGACGAGCUUGGCGGCGGCCGCCUCUGCAUCUGGAUCGUGAACGGGUAUUUGUUCGCCAUCCCUUGUUCGGACAGCUGGCCAACGUCUUCGGCCGCCCAUUUCGUGCUCGGAAGCGGCGUCUGCGCCGGCGCAAACAACGUGGGGACCCUCAUCGCCGGGCGGGUCAUCCAGGGCAUCGGGGCCAGCGGCACCACCGUGCUCACCGAGACCAUCAACUGCGGCGUGGUGCCGCUGAGGGAGCGCGGCAAGUUCCUGGCCAUCGUCAUGGGCAUGAUCUUCCAGGGCGCCGCGCUCGGCUCACUCUUCGCCGGCCUCACCGUGCAGUACUCGAGCUGGCGCUGGACCCUUUACCUGGUGCUGCCCGUGGGCGGCGCCGCCCUCUCAGCCCUCUUCUUCUUCCUCAACGUUGGGUACCAGAAGGAGACGAACCUGGCCACCAGGAUUUCGACAAUUGACUGGACGGGCAACGUCAUCUUCAUCGCCUCCAUCACAUCGGUCCUGAUCGGGUUGUCGUGGGCCGGAGUGCUGCACCCGUGGGAGCUGGCAUGCUGA